GUUCCUGAAUGGUGUCUAGAUCAUUGGCAUCCCUCAGAGAAAGCCAUGUACCCUGAUUACUUUGCUAAGAGGGAACAGUGGAAAAAGCUGCGGGUUCAGAGCUGGGAUAGAGAGGUCCAGCAGCUGCAGAUUGAAACCCCUGCUGAUGGCCCUAAAUCUGAGGCCCUGCCCCCGGCCCGCAAGGACGGAGACCUCCCACCCCUGUGGUGGCAGUUUGUCACUCGUCCCAGAGAGCGUCCCAUGUAAGGAUGUGUGCAGAAGAUAAUUUAGAAUAGGUGUUUGAAAUAGCCCUGUGUUUGUCAAACACCACUAUGAGCUCAAUCCUAAGUAAAUAAAGUAUUAUGCAAAUCA